UACUAACAACACCAACUAACACCAUUGCCUCCCAGGCCUUGUCCGCUUCCUUCAUCUUCUGACAAGAGCAUCCGAAGCUACCUCCAAAGCCUGAGCAGCAGCACGUACGGUGAAGACUUUAGUAGCCAUAUCUCCUCUCCCGAAUGGCCAUCUUCGUUCGUUAUAUUGUCCAGGCUGUCAGUGGAGUCGGUAUUUGUAUAUCUCAGCAUGAUGUAUACGAGCAUUUCGGUGAUGAAUUAAUGUACUCAUCACGGUGGCUACCUCAGUUUUAUCCAUGCAACACCUGAGCCCAGUGAGUGUUUAUUGUGCAGCAAAAAUCUGCAUCGACUGCACGAUAUAAGAAAAGAGGACACCCACCUUCGUGAUGGAAAUUAUUAGCACAUGCAGGGCAAGGCCGACCACAAGGCAGCAGUUUUUGCACAUUUAUGCAUACUAUUUACGGUUCCUUGCCACAGCACCCUGCACGUUCAUCAUUCACAUUUCCAGAUUUCGCCUGAAACCUGGAAAUGCGAAGCAAGGAUAAAGCCUAACAGGGCCGACCUUGCGCCGGGCACGUACAGACAUAAGCUUCUAUAUCUGCCUGUGCCAGCGCACGUUACUUUUUGCUGUGCGCCAAUUGACAGGUUGAGGGUGAAUGAGUUUACAAAUUAUGUCUUCUGUUUGUUGUUUUCUAUUCAAGGGGCUCGGAAUUGUCGCCACACUUCAGAGCGAGGCAUUUGCCUGAUCACGAUGUGGUUGGAACACAAUAGCGAUGGCCUACUGGCAGCUCGAUUAUUUGGCAAAGUCACAUGGUGUUCUAUCGACAAUAGAGCAUCAAUUCACCCAGUUGAGCGCUGAGUGUGGGGACACAAGGUCUACAAGGCCGGUCAUAAACCACACAACGUCUUGAAUGCUUCGGAAAUCCAUGCAAGUUUGCACCUAACGCAAGAUCUUGUGUCUUCUUUUAUGGCCAGGUGUAUCAUGUAAGGAUUGACCAGUAUAUGUGAACUUUGGGCACGUAUUCACUCAGAGUCUUAUAUGGCAGUAGAUCGAAAUUCAAUCAAUCGA